GGCGAGGGAUCGAAUCGCGCGAGGGUCUUGGGAGCAAGUAGGAACUUGUCCUCCGCCUCCCUCGUCUCGCUUUCGAGCCCAUCAAUUCCCCGCUCGUCGCACUUGUCCUCCUCCUCCUCGUCCUGGGUCAUUCAUGGCGACGUGCUCCCACCUCUCCCCUACCCGUACCGACGGUGCCACCGCCCCCUUGCUUAGUUGCUUGUCUCUUCUGCGCCCGCUGCAUAGCGCAUCCUACUACUAGUACUUACCAAGAAGACGGUGCGUCCGCGCCAAGAAGAAGAAGCAGAAGAAGGUCGAAGGAGGAGGGGCGGAGAGAGCCAUGACCGGCUCCGGCGCGGUGCCCGGGGCUGUUGCCGACGCGGCGGUGCCCACGGGGGAGUGUUACUUCUGCGACCGGUCUCCGGCGGUGGUGUACUGCCGGGCGGACGCCGCGGGGCUGUGCCUGCCGUGCGACCGCCACGUCCACGGCGCCAACACGGUCUCCUGCCGCCACGCCCGCGCCCCGCUCUGCGCCGUCUGCCGCGGUGCCGCGGCCACCGUCCGCCGCGGCGCCGCUCGGUUCCUCUGCUCCAACUGCGACUUCGAGGAGCAGCAGCACAGGGAAGGGGAGGUUGUGCAGCCACCGCUGCUGCACGACCGUGGCGCGGUGGAGGGCUACACCGGGUGCCCCUCGGUGGGCGAGCUCGCGGCGAUCCUCGGCGUCGUUGUCGGCGACAAAGCGGCUGAAGCGUGGUGGCCUGUCUGGGAGGAGCCCCAGGUGCUCAGCUUCGACGACGUCAUCGUGCCGACCACCGCCUGCCAUGGCCUCCAGCCCCUCCUCACCUCGUCGUCCUCCCCCAAGAACCGGAGCCUGCCCUGCGGGGAGCUGAACGGCGAGGUUCUCCGGCAGCUCGGGGAGCUCGCCAAGUCGGAGGAGGCGGCGACAGAGCCGGCCGGCGUUGAUCAGCUGCCUCCGCCAUGGGGAUCUUCAGAUUACGCUGCUAUUGGGCACGGUGAUAUUGGGGCUCUUGGAGCCGAGGCCAUCUGCGCGGCAGCAAUCCUGCAUGUACCUCCUUCUCAGGAAAAACUUUCAGUCUAUUCAUCAAAUGUCAAGCAGAACCAGGAGGCGUGGAUCGCGACGAGUUGCAACGAACUUCCCGAGCAAGUCUCGGCGAGCUCGUCGGCGGAGCCGAGCCUGUCGUCGUUCGUGGAGGUGUCGGAGGUCUGCCCCGGCCUCAGCCGCAGCGGCAGCAGCAGCGUCGACGACAUGGCCAACGGCGGCCACGAUCACCUGUCGCCGGCAGCGGCACCCGUUGCGGCGGCGCCGGCGCAAGCAGCUCCGGGGACCAAGAACGUCGGCGGCUACGACGUGGUCUACCCCGACCGCGGCAAGGUGAUCUCGCGCUACAAGGAGAAGAGGAAGAACAGGAUGUUCGGGAAGCAGAUCCGGUACGAGUCGCGCAAGGCCCGCGCCGACGGCAGGGUGAGGACCAACGGCCGCUUCGCCAAGUCGAGCCAGUAAAUUUCGAGGACCGACGACGUACUCUUGGUCUCCGUGGACGACGACGUUCGUUCUGUGCCCUACGUAGCGUGGGUGCGAGGGAGCUAGGGACGGCGUCGCCAUGGCAGCUUGUCCUCUGGUCGUACGUGCCAUCACGGCACCACGUACUCGCCGUCUCAACGUGAUGUGACUGUGCGA